AUGGCUAACAGCAAGAUGGAAGACGAGGAUCCCGGGGUGAUUGUCAUCCCGAUUGACUCUACAUACAGCGAUGGGGAUCGAGCUGGAUGGCCGACGGGGGACCGCUUCGACAUGCCCGACGACAGCUACUAUCGGCGGAAGAUCGCGAGGCUGUGGGCGCAGAGACUGGGCUUUUAUAAACCUGGACAGGAGUACAUCCUGGAUUCUUUACCAGACGGGUUUGCGAUUUUUGACAGACCGCGCGGAACGGAUCCUGAUAUCCGAGAUCGAUUCCUCUACGGCCAUCCACUUCAACAAUACUUCUACUCCACCGUUCAGUUCUUUCCGCAUUUCUGCCAUCUGAUGAGCCAAGGCAAGGAGCCCUGCUCCUGCCAUCUCUGCGAGAAGCUAGCUAAGCGCAAGAAAGACGGUAUCCCGAUCGGAAGAGGAGUGGGCCGGCCCCGUGGACGACCUCCGGGCUCGGGCACGCGCACGUCGUCCGGCACCAGCACCCCGAUCAAACCCGUAGGCACCCCCGGCAGACGCGGCCGACCUCCCGGCAGUGGCAGGAAGCCCGGUAGACCUCCUGGUUCUACUGCUGCUGCUGCUGCUGCUGCUGAUAAUACUACUUCUGCUGUUGCCGUACGCUCCUCCAGACGGAUGCCCGGCCGGCCGUCGGAAUCCAGCAUGCAAUAUAUCGCCGAUAGCGAGGGCACCCCGGACGUGUUCAAAGCCGCCGUCAUCAAACUGCGCGCGAAGGGCCAGCUAGACGAGAAGAUCACGGAACCUGACAGCAUGGACUGGCGCGCCGAGCGCAUGCCGCUGCGCGAAUACCUGGAGAAGCUGAACAUGCUCCCGUCGUUUGUGCCGCGCACGGGCGAGCUGGUGCUGUGGACGACGGAGUACGAGGGGAAGCUCGCGUGGAACCCGGAGGCGGGGCAGGUCCAGAUCUACAGACACAAGCAAUGGCACGGGGCUCCCGACUGGCGCGCGGGCGUCGUCGGCCAGCUGCCCGAGGAAGAUGUGGUCCUGCAGGAUAUCGUCGUCACGACGCCGAAGAAAUGGGGGCCGAACUACUCGGGGUUCCGGGUGGAGACGUUCCCGGACCCCAACAGCGAGGACAAGAGCUACUCUCUGCAGCACAAGUAUGUGCCCAUGAAGUGCAUCCGGCCGUUUGGCGCGUACGAGCAUUUCUUGCAGGGCGUGCCGCGGGAGCAACUGCAUCCGUCCAUCGAGAAUGCCCUGACCGUCAUGGCUUCGUUCAGCCUGCUGGAGAAAUACCGCUUUCAGGGAACGUGGCCAAACGCCGCGAUCUACUGUCGCGGGAUUUUCCUGGGGGCGGAAUUCCUGGCUGUCGGCGACGCGGUCCGGCUCAAACCGUCGGGGUACGAUGCAGAUACAGAUACCGUCGAUCCUGCGACGACAGCAGUCACUCUCAACGUGAUGGUCAUCCACAAGAUCCGCCUCGAGCUGAGGGAGUGCGACGCCGACCCGCGCUCCAAACAAUUGGCCGAGACGUACCGGGUGCGCAUCCAGGGCAAAGUGUACACGAACGAUCGCGAGUGCGCAGUAGCACUCCUACAACAACAACAACAACAACAACAACGACGGACCCAAGACUCCCCGCAACCCCAACCCCUCACCUCAGACGAGAUCGCGAGCACCUUCCACUACGUCGGCAUGGGCGGCUACGGGGAGUGGUACCCGCUCCACGCGGGGGCGCUGGUGAACAUCUCCCAAGACAUGAUCCUGGGCCGCUGCUACGAGCCCGACGCGAUGCAGCUGCUGUUCCGCUCGCCGGCGCUCCACUACGAUCUGCACGGGGUGCUGCGCGGCCGGGCGUACUCGCGGGCGACUGACGAGCGCAUCCGCGCCGGCAAGCGCUGGUUCUGGGGCGAUUUCCGCACGCAGACGCUGGCGCUCGACACGCUCAACGGCGAGGAUGUGGGCCACUACAGCGACGUGCGCGACGUCAAGAUGUGGCGGGCCAAUCUGCGGGUGAUCGACGGCACGGCCAAGGCGGCGGAUUUCCGCGAUGCGAAGAUCCCCGGCGAUGUGGGACGGCCGUCGACCAAGACGGCGUCGAAUUUUGCGAAGGUCGGCAAGCUCAGUAAGCUGGUCAGCACGGGGCUGGGCGCGGUGGACAGCAGUGCGCCGGCGAGUUCGGCGGAGGAUGGCGAUGGCGGGACGAGUGAGUCCGAGCAAGAAGAUUACACGCUCCGGAUCGAUCAGUUACGGGGUGGCACCGAGGAGACUGAAGGAGGGGACUACGUUCCUGGGCCGGGCACCACUGAGGAGGAACCGCAGCCGCAGAACAAACGAGCGCGCACGAUGGAGAAGAGCAUGUAGCGUAGCAUCUCAAAUAUUUACUGCCGUCCAAUCAAC